AUGGGUUGCAAUACCAGUUCCGAUGCCAAAUCGAAUAAAGAAGAGAAAGAUACACAAGAGAACCAGGCAAACUCAGCUACAGUCGAGGACAAACUUUUUCCGGAGGAGAAACAAAAAGAAUCCACGGAAGAGGGUGGUCCCUCAGAGGUAGAAGCUGCCACUAAAAUCCAAGCGGUUUUUCGAGGGCACAAGACAAGGAAAUCAAUAAGUAUGAAGGCAGUCGAGAAGCCAGCUGAGAAGAACCAGGCGGAGCCGAGCAAGGCCGAGCUCGAAGCCGAGUUUAGAGCUGAUGACAAAGAUUUGUGUAAUGCAGCGACUAAAAUCCAGGCUUCGUUCCGUGGGCACCAAGCGCGCAAGCAAACCCAGGUUGAGAAGACUAAAGAGCAACAGGAUAAGGAAGAUGUAGAAAACAUCGACCUCACGGAUCCUGACCUGAACAAAGCAGCGACCAAGAUUCAAGCUUCCUUCCGCGGACACAAAGUGCGUAAAGAAACGCCAAAUUAA